UUUUUAUACACUGAUUGAUUUUACACCCAUAAAGGCUGUAAAAGCAAUAAUUUCUCUGUCUCUCUGUCUGCAUUCUUGCAGCCAUUGAGAAAUACUGUGAGAGCUGUGAUUGGUCACAGCUUGUCACAUGGUACAAGGCUGUUGUGAAUAGCCUUGUGCCAUGUGACCUCUGUGAUCAUUCACAGAUUUCACACGUAGUAAGCAAUGAUGUCACAAGUGACAUCUUGCUUACUACUUUGCAUGUGAUCACUGAUUGGCCAAUCAGUGAUCACAUGAUCUGGACCUCGUACAGAGGUCCCGUCCGACAAUCGGUGUUUCGCUGUGUCCGGAGGACACAGUGGGCACCGGAUCGCGGUGCUGCGUGCUGCCCAGGGAACGCGCACAAGCAGGGUGCGGGAAGGCCGUUCAUAAACGGCCACCCGACCCUGCACUGCCACCGUCCGGCCGUUUAUAUGCAAUGGCCGGUCGGGAGGUGGUUAAAU